AUGGCUUUAAUUGACAACAGAAUUACUGACAGACAGGACUGCAUCUUAGGUGCUGCAAAGGGAAACCUUGCUUACCAAAAGUUUAUGUUUUCAGUAUAUCCAAAAUUUGCUCUGGAUUUAAAAUCUGCAAAUAUAGAUAAAACCUUAUCUUUUAUACAUCACUUUGAAAGAAGUGACCUUAUGAGCCCAGGUGAUAAACCAUUCACCAUAACCUAUCUCAUAGGAUAUGCCUUGACCAACAGUCACCAUAGCAUAGACUAUAAGAAAGACGAGUACAUCGAACUUGAUGAUGUCUUUUCAGAAAUAGGCCAUGUCAAAGAUAAACAAUUAUGCGACAUAAAUCCUCAAGAAAACUCUUGGGUGUUAAAUAUAGCUAGAAAUAAAAAAGCUCUAGGAGAAACUCUUAGACCAAGAAUUUCAAUGGACUCACUCCACAUAGGUGAAAGCUCAGAAAGAAAAGAUAGUAAAACAGUCAAAAUUAAAACUCUUGACGACAAUACUGAAAAGAAAGAAUACGUUUUCUCUACUUCUGGAAAAGCUGGUAUUCAAACAAUUGUAAAUCAUUGCAAUAAUCUCAACCAGAUCAUUGCAAGAUCCUUUCUGGUUAAAAACAAUCUCGAUAAAAAUGAUUUUGAAAAAUUCUUCGAAGUUGGGUUAACUAUCAAGUUAACCCAGUUUAUUGAAAAACAUUCUAUUCUUUUAGAAAACUCUUUAAAAAACAACCAAUUUGUUGAAGAAGUUGCCAAAAAGGCAAAUAUUGAGGGCACUCUUAAGGAAACCAACCUUAAGAUCACUAAUAUACAUGAGCAGUUAAAACAGCUAAUAUGA